AUGGGAUUUUUUGACAACGAUGUAAAAGAAAUUUAUGAUGGAAAUGAUCUCCGAGAGCUAAAUGAAAUUUUUAUGAAGGAUGAAGGAAUCGCCGAGAAAUUAAGAAAACUCAUACCAAAAGCUCAUAAAAAGAUUAUCGAGGAUUAUAAAGAUCCUGCAGGAGAUGGAGAAGAAGUGGCGAUUAAUCGAUCUGGAAACGUUAGAUUCAAAACUGAUAUAGUAGAUAUUGAUUCAUUCCAACAAUUAAAAGAUAUAAUGGAAAGUUCUGUUAAGGAGAAUAAAAACGUUAAAGCUGUUGGAUCUUUUGCAGCUUUUAGUAAUGUAACAGAAACAAAUGGAUACCUUUUAAAACCAUAUAAAACUUCUAAUAUUUCCAAAACAGAUUUGAAAUUAUUAAAAGAAGAAGCUAUAUCUCAAGCUAAAAAAGACGAUAUUAUCUAUUAUGAUGUGAAGUGGGGAACUAAAAUUUAUGAAAUUCUUCCCGUCCUGAAAAAAGAUAAUAGAGCUUUUUUUAACGUUGGUGGAUGGACUGGACAGGAUAUCAUUGGUGUAAAUGCAACUUCUACGCACGGCAGUGGCAUCACUCUACCACCCUUGUGUUCAUUUAUAGUUUCGGUAUUAAUGGUUGCUCCAGAGAAAGUUUAUAAAGUAGAACCAACAAAAGGAAUCACAGAUGCUUCCAAAUUUACUGAAAAUUUUCCGAAUAUAACUUUAAUCCAAGAUGAUGAAACGUUUAAUGCUGCUGUAGUAAACAUUGGCGCACUUGGUGUGACCUAUGAAGUCACUGUUUCAACCGUUCCUUUGUAUAACAUUAUAGAAAGAAGAGAACAAACUUCUUGGACAAAUGCCAAAUCUGUCUUAAAACAGAGACCCUAUUCUAUAAACCACUAUUUGAAAUCUCGAAAUGUUGAAGUUUGGAUAAGCCCGUAUACAGAUUAUGCUCUUAUUACUCUAAGAGAUUUGGCGACUGACGAAGAUGUGAAAAAGUAUCCAAAGUCAGAGGCCAAGGCACUGUUUCAAGAAUUUAUUGAAUUACCUGUAGUGCAAGAGGUAUCAAAAAUUUUGAGCAUUAAAGCGGGUGGUGCUUUAUUUUUGUUAUUGAAUCUGUUCUCAGCCUUUGUACCGAUUAUCAAUGAAGAAGCUUUGAGAUCUCAAUACCACGAAGAACCCGUUGUUGAUAGUUAUGAAUUAGUUUAUAACUCAUUGGGUCCUGGGUUCGUUAAUGAUUUCGAGGUAAUUUCGGUAGAAUUUUCAUUUUCAACCAAGGAUGAUAAUCAUAUAUUAGCAACAGACGCGAUUUUGAAAACACUCAAAGAAAUAAGAGACGAGCACAAUUUAAACAUCCAUGGACCAGCUUCUAUGAGAUUUUCUGCUGCUUCUUCACAAUAUCUUUCCAUGGGAAAUGGAAAUGGUGAUGAAACUAGAGCAUAUUUGGAAAUGAUUAUCUUGGACGUUUGGAUUGAUCAAUAUAAACGUGUGUUUGAUAGAUUGACUGAAACCGCUUUAAAAUAUAAUGCGAGAUGCCAUUGGGGGCAAUAUUUUUCUCCCAAACUUAAUCACCAAUAUUUAUUGAAUGCAUAUGGAGAGCAAAACGUUCAAUCAUUUAUUAAGCAGAUUAAGAAAUUUGAUCCAAAUGGUAUAAUGAGUAAUCCUUUAUUAAAAAAGUUAGGAUUAACACCCGAUGGAAAGGUCACUGAUUUUGGGUUUUUUGAAACUGUGGGCGAAAAGUUUAAGGAUGGGGUAGAUGAGUUUUUCAAAGUUCUUACAAAUAUU